AUGUCUGGACGCGGAAAGCAGGGCGGUAAGGCUCGCGCCAAGGCCAAGACGCGGUCGUCCCGCGCCGGGCUCCAGUUCCCGGUGGGCCGCGUGCACCGCCUGAUCAGCAAGGGCAACUACUCGGAGCGGGUCGGGGCCGGCGCGCCAGUGUACCUGGCGGCCGUGCUGGAGUACCUGACGGCCGAGAUCCUGGAGCUGGCGGGCAACGCGGCCCGCGACAACAAGAAAACGCGCAUCAUCCCGCGCCACCUGCAGCUGGCCAUCCGCAACGACGAGGAGCUCAACAAGCUGCUGGGCAAGGUCACCAUCGCGCAGGGCGGCGUCCUGCCCAACAUCCAGGCCGUGCUGCUGCCCAAGAAGACCGAGAGCCACCACAAGGCCAAGGGCAAGUAA